GUUAGUUUUGUUAUUUGAAUAAUUCCUCAACAAUGUAUCAAGAAUGUUUUCAAAUAAUAAAAGAAAAACAUAACGAAGGUAAUUUAUAUUUAUGAAACUGGAAUGGAACUGAAUUUAAAAAACAGAACGAAAAUGUCAAUUGCCAAAACGUCAAACACUUUUACUUCCCCCCCACCACACCCCUAAUUCUGAAAUUGUACUAAAAACAAAUGAAGGAUUUCUUUUUUAUUUAUCAAAUCUAAUAAAAAUGUUAUAACACAAUUAAGCUGUGUCGGCCUUCGAUUUCUACAUGUCCUUUUGUCACGGGUAACCUUACAGAAUGUUCAAAAGCCGUGGCGACAUUGUUUAUAAAUGCACAGUGCGACUUUUGGAAGAUACUGAAAUUUUAGAAUGCGAAUUUCAUCCUAGUUAUAAGGGAAAAUAUUUGUUGGAGUAUGUCUGUCAGCAGUUAAAUCUCACUGAAACUGAUUAUUUCGGCCUUCGUUAUGUUGAUGCCGGCGGACAACGCCACUGGCUGCAUAUGGCAAAAUUAAUAUUGAAACAAGUUAAAGAUGCAUCUCCAAUACUAUUUAGCUUUAGAGUUAAGUUUUAUCCACCAAAUCCGUUGCUUCUAAAGGAAGAUGUUACUAGAUUUCAAAUUUAUUUACAACUCAAAAGAGAUCUGUUACAUGGCAGACUUUACUGUACUUCCAAUGAAGCAGCUAUGCUGGGAGCUCUAAUUAUUCAAAUUGAACUCGGUGAUUAUGACCCAAGCAUACAUGUUGGGAACUAUGUUACUGAAAUGAGACUACUAUUAAGACAGACAGAUGCCAUAGAAGCAAGGAUACAGGAACUUCAUAGAGAGCCAGUGGAGCUGACUCCGGGGGGUGGAGGUGGUGUGAAGGGUAUGACGACCCAGGAAGCCGAACGGAUGUUCGUUAAGAUUGCUUGCCAACUUGACACUUAUGGAGUAGACCCGCAUCCUGUAAAAGAUCAUAGAGGUAACCAACUGUACCUGGGUAUCAAUCAUAGCGGUAUUCUCACAUUCCAAGGUAGCAGGAAGACGCACCACUUCAAAUGGUCCGAAGUGCAGAAAAUCAACUUUGAAGGCCGCAUGUUUAUAGUACAUCUCAACUAUCCGGAGAAAAAACACACGGUUGGCUUCAAGUGUCCCAGUGGCGCGGCGUGCCGUCACGUGUGGUGUUGUGCCAUAGAACAAAUGCUCUUCUUUACAUUGCCAUCGUCUUCGGAUGCGAGCGUUUACUCGGGCGGUGGGUUGUUCUCGUGGGGCACCAAGUUCAAGUACGUGGGGCGCACUGAGCGGGAGAUCCUCGAGCGGGACGGGCUGCUGGCGCCCCGGGAUCACCAGGACGAAGGAUCAAGCACAGGUGGCAAACGGAAAGCUUCGAGCGUGCCGGCGACUCCAUCUACUCCUAUGACGGGGGAUUUUGGGUACAGCAGUCUACCUCGAUCUACUCACAGUGCGCCUUUAGAAGAAAGCAGCGCAGCAGGGGAGCCUUGUAACGGAGGCUGUCUUCUAUCCGGACCCGCCGUCGACAUCGCUCUAGCCUGCUGCGGCGACCACUUGCAUCCCCCCGAUGACAGGCCUUGCACGACAGAGUACGGGCUGCGGGAUUCAUUCGAGCAUUCGUCAUCAGAGUCGGGGGUAACACACGUCAGUCACACGACAGUAGGCGGGGCGGGGAUGGGAACAGGGCCGGCGUCAGGGCCCGGCGCGGGGGACGACUGGGGGCGCGUAUCAACAGGGGCCCUGCCUCCCGCCCCUAGACCUUUCAGUCUCAUCCGCGCGUUCGUCCCCUCCUUCCUAUUCGUCUGGGCCUCCUUAGCCAUAGCCGCUCUCCUCGUAUUCGAAACAGACUGGGCCCCCUUCCGCGACCUAAAAAGGCGCCCCGAAAUCCUCUCCCUUCGCCGCCACUACUACGCCCCCCUCAAGGAAUAUCUCCGGCGGAAAAUCGUCGAACUCUUUUGAUUCCCAUCAGCCCCGGCGGGGAUGCCAACGGCAACGAGCUGCCUCGUCGACGUAAAUACGCUUCUUUUAUAGUACAACUACUCUUAAGAUUAGGUUCCGUAGAGUCCAGUCUCCUUCGUUUCGAGUUCAGAGGCCCAAGCACGAAUUAAGACAGCUGCGCAGUCGCAUCGCAUCGUCAGUUUUUAUGAAAACUAAGCAGCGCCCUCUAUAGGACGUAAGACAAACUAGCUUUUUCUUUACGAAAUUUGACGCUAUCGUAUUGAUACGAAUACGGCGCUGUCGAAAUUCGCGCUUGGGCCUCUCAUCUCAUUAUUGUAUACUCGUGCGUUUGAUCAUCACGUUAGUUUGGUUCAUCGCACACCGUCUAGGUUUUGUAUGCGCGUUUGUGUAUCGACUGAUAAAUCAAACGAGUCAAUGUACGUCUUUAUUAUAUUUACACUGUUGCACUUUCUCAAAUAUUUGUUAUUUAUUUAGAUGUUUUAUUUUUUUAUACGAUGCGCUGUUCAGUAGGUAGGUUUUUAUUUUAUUGGUUGUAACGGACGGCGUGUGACCUUAGGAUUAUUAUUAACUUUUGUACUUAACAAUGAGGAUAACAUAUUCUGAUUUGCGUGUAGACUUGACCCAUUGCCUUGCGUAAAAAUGUUUGCAAAUCAUUAAUUAAACAAGAGUGGUCAAUAGUACCGACAGCAAACUAGCACCGAGAAAAGAUAUUAUACCAAUUUGCAAGUGUGUUAAUUAAUUUACAACUGUUUAAUUGAAACGGUAAAUCGUGACGAGGCUUAUAUCAUCUCUAUUUAUAAACGUGUUAAUAGAAUUGUUAUAACGACCUUGACUAAAGUCGAGUGCUUAGUAGAAAAAUGAAAACAUGAGUAAAAACAACGAUAUUUAGGUAUCGUUUUUACGACGAAGUAAAAUUGAGAUGACUAAAAAAAAUAACGAAGUAUUUUUCGGUCUAUUUUUUAAUAUGUCGAUUUGAUUUUUUCUUAUAAUAAACAAGUUUAAGCAUUGGUUAUAAACCUUAACAAAAUAGGAGUGUCUCUUGGAAGUCUCAUUUUAGCGGCCACCCUUUCCAUUUGAAAUACACUUUCGGACACAUCUAUCGGUGCACAUUUUGACGGUUCCUAAUUAAAAAUAAAUGUUAAAUUGUGCAAAAACCUCAAGUGCAAAAUGGAAGAAUUCUUGUAUUUUCGGGAAGUAUGGCAACUCUUGUUUGUCACAAGUUUUUAUGAAGGUCGAGGUCAAGUGCGCACGAAACGUGAUCAUGUCAAUUGAACGUUUAGCUAUUCUUGCUACAAAAAGGCAUUGCAAUUAACUUUUCAAAGUAUCUUAUGCAAUUAGCCUGCUAUAAAAUCAUAUACACUUUUUCUUUCAUCAUUCCAUUUCGCAUUUAUUAGUCUUCCAUUUAAACUUUGUUUUCUGUUAAUGUUAGAAGUGAACUUUCAUUUGGUUACUCUCAUUGAUUUGAUAAGUUGUGUUAAGAUUAAUUUUGAUUAUUUGAAGCCACAAUGGCCAAGAAUGCCGAAAACUAAAUUGAGUUUUUUAUAUUAUGUUAAACUUUUCUGCGUUUGGUGUCAAAAUAGAUUAAAGAUAUAUUGCGAGCACUGUUUUUGUAAAUGUAAUAAUAAUAAUGCAUUUCACUACAUAAACUUGUAAAGAUUUUGAAUUAAAUUUAGCUUGCCUAUAUCACACUCAUAAAAGUUCACUGUGAUAACCAUUGACGCUGUAAUAUUAUUUAAACUAAUGCACAAACGCUUACUGGCACAAAAUAACUUUUAUAGUUGUAAUUAAAAUUAGGUUUAGUUCAAAUUUAAUGUGCCAUAACCAGGUUUCGGUUUUAAAAAUGCAAACCAUUUUUUCUAUUUUGUCUCUACUAGUCUUUUAAGCGGUUUUAAACUGACAUUAAUUUAUUUUGAUAGUAACUUUAUAUUUUCUGAUUAAUAUCACUUUUUGAUUAGCUUUUUUAUUUGUAUGAGAGGUUGUUACUUGGCUAUAAGGUUUAGAAGAUCUUAGGUACUUAUAUAUUUUCUUAGUCAUUUGCUGUUUGUACUUAUAGAGGUUACUGAAUGUGUGUCUAGUGAGAGAGAGGGAUUUGAGUACAAUUACAACUUACGUAUAACUACUUUUAGAAAACGGGGAACAUGUUGAAAAUAUUCCGUCGUCCAGAUGUUGAAUGAUGUAGUAAAACGCUAAGUUUAACAAGAGAAUAUAGUUGUUUUAACGUAGGUACCUCUAGUUAUCGAAGAAGUUAGCUGUGUCAGUUACUUUGUUGAUUUAUCAUUUGAACACGAUCGAUAUUGAUUUUGGUUGCUCUUCCAUUAAUCCUUUCGCUAAUGUGAUCUGCUUCCGAACUAUUUUUGUUUAUUCCAUGUGCAAUGGCUAUUAAUCCCCUCAUUAAUAAACAAGGAAUAAGCUUAGAUUAGUUAGGCCGUGUUUUGUUCAUGUUAUUGUAAUACCAUUUGCCAUUCAAUAGACAGAGAUAAAACAAGGAGUAACUAAUCCAAGCUUAGUCUUUAUUUAUUAAUAAGUGGGUUAGAGUUUUGGCCAAUGUCUAGUCUAUGUUUAGAUGUGCGUACCUUCCAAGGGGGACCUUUUGUACUUAGUCCUACAAAUUACCUUCUAAAUAUUACCACCACCAUUCAUUAAAAUUAUUUAAAUUGGUCAGAUACCGUAACAUGAAAAUUGAGGCGUUUCGUCUGAGCCCACAUUUGGUAAGUCGUAGUGUUCGACUCACAACAGCUACUGAUCCUUCUGGCUACAAUUUUUUAAAGUUUCUGCUAAAUCUUUAUAAUAGGACACGCACAUUAUAUUAAGAGCACUAAAUUAUUUAAAUCAAUUAUCAUCAGAUUAUCUAAAAAUAAGCAAACGGCAAACUUCUUCGAUUGCACAUCUACAAGCCCCCGUAAGUAAUUGUACGUUUGAUAAGCGUAUUUAAAUUGGUAUUUUUUUAUAUGAUACUCAGAAAACUUCAUGCACAGGAAAGUCAAAUUACGUUUGUAUUUUUUGCCGAUAAUUUAGAUUUGGAGUCAUUUAAAUAUACUCCUUUCUAAAUGUAUGAACAAUCAUAAUGAAAGUGUUAAGAUGACCGCACAUAUAAGCACCAUACGCGCCGCAUUUAGAUAUCGUUGUAUGCAAUCAUAUGAAACCUCGCAUACUUCCACUCUCACCAUACGCGCUGCAUUUUGUAGGUAGUAUAAAUGGAAAUGUGGCGCGUUCGUGCUGACAAAUGUGCGAUCAGCUUUAGUAUGAAUGACGCACAAACAACACAUUUUGCUUAAAUAUUUCUUAAAUGUUGUUGGAUGGUUAUUGCUUUAAUGACCGAUAUCUUAUUGUUCUGGAGAAAUAUAGGUUGAUAGGAUGUUUGUUUUAAUUAGGUAUUUUAGUAACACGAAACAUCUGUAAAUUGUAUAGCAGUUUCAAAAUGGAGUAUGAUGCAUUUAUAGAAUUAUAAAAUUAAAUUAUUGUUCUUAAAGCUUUCAAUCCUAAAAAUGGAAUUGGUUAUAAUAAUAAUGUUCAUUAACAUUUUGUUUGUAGUUAUAAUGAUUGUUCCUCAUUCUUUUCUAAGUAUCCAGAGUUUUAUGCAUUAAUACUGCAAAAUAGUUUUAUAUAAAUUUUAAAGAUGCUUUCUAUCUUCUGACUAGUCAUUUUAUUAUUAUCUUAUUCUCAUAGUUAUUAUUAUAUACUUACUUCAUUUAAAAUGAGCAAUCGUGAAAUUGCACAGAAAAUUAUUUUUUAAAGUUGUCUCUUUGUAAAUUAGUUAUAAAUAUCUCAGUUUUAUAAACUGUUGGUAACCGUUCGCUUACUGAAAAUGCUUUGUACAGAUACUAGAAGGUGUAAUAGGACACUUUCUAUAACGAUCAUGUUUAAAAUAUCUCAAUAGUAAAGAAUUUUCUUAAAUUGGCAUUUUAUUUGUAUACUUUCAAUACCUAUAAAAUUUCCAAAUUUGCAAUAUUAAUCAAAUUGCGCUUUAUAUGGCUAUUAGUUGCUAAUUUUGUAAAAUUGCAACUGGCUUAAAAUUGAACGUGAUGUUAUUACAGCUGCUAUGUGUAAGAAAGAGCAGACAUGCAUUUCGAAUUCAGAAUAAACAAUGCGUUUACCUAUAGCUUACAGAAGACCUCAGUGAAAUAACAAUAUCUCUUGGCUGUGUUGUAUUUCUGUAGUCUUCUAUCUACCCAUGGUGUGAGGUGUCAGUGGAUAGGUUUUUAAAAAUAUUGAGGGUUUGUGAUGAGUAGACAAUUUUGGCAUAAGGGAUCCGUUUUUGAAAUAUUAAGUUUUAAAGUGCAAAUUUUUGCUAGAGUCAAGUGCCCUCUGUGCCAGCUAAAUGGUUGUAUCUACUGUGCCUGUACUAAACAUCUUUUAUUUAUUUUGGAAGCGGCAAACUUUUGAAAGUAAACCAUAGACAAAUAUACUUGCGUAGGAGACGUUUUUCUGUGUAAAAUUGCUACUGCGCAGGCGCCGUUAUCAGUCGUACAGUUUAAGAAGUUCGGCGCUACCUACACAGUGUAAAUCUGCACACCAAAACACACAUAAGAAACUACUGAAAAUAUUGAGUAACAUUUCAUCAUCUCACCAAAAUAUUUCAAUUUCUCCAUUUAUUAUAUUCAGCUUCAAAGGUAAUCAAAGAUCACAAAACGUUGCUACGUUUUACGAUACUUCCAAUGACACCAAGUAGACUUUAUUAAAGUUAAUAAAUAAAAUAUAAUUAAAGAGUUUGCUGUGAUAACAAAGGCCAGAACCAAUCAAGUCAAUACAUUCGUAGAGUUCUCUUUAGAAACUUGCAAGGUCACACGAGCACAAUGUUUGAGUUUUCUAUGUGGAAAAUGAAUUGUCAACAAUAUGAGCGUGACGUGGCGUCGCCGGCGGUUCAUUGACCGCGGUCACGAGUUCACACGUGUGUCGUGAGACACAAUGCCUUAUAUCAAGUAAUUUAUUGCAAAAAGUAAUUUUAUUGCUGCGUUUGUAAAUACAUUGUAGUGCUCAUGAAGUCUUAUGUUAAAAUACAACUAGCAGUUAAAUGUUAAAAAAAAUAACUACAUUGAAACUAAUAUAAAUGAUUCCAAUUUUUAUUAUAAAAAAAAUCCAAAGUAAGCAACAAACAAGUAACAACAUAAUAAGAACUGUGGCGCUACAUACAUAUCACGCAUUAUAGUUGUAACAUUCAAGUUCAGUAACAGUACCACGCAGUCUCUCCAUUUUAUGGCACCUAGGUCACGAAGUCACCGAUCGGGUAUCGCGCACGAGCACUGCGGAAACUUCAUGAUCCUCGAAAACCACAUCUACCCCACUUCGGUCGCUGCAUUUAUAAACUUAUAGAAUACGAAGCAUAAAAUGAUAGUAUGUAAUAAUGAUAAAUUAAAUUCAUAAAAGAUACGAUGGUUCCGACCCCGCACAAAUAGUUUACACCGUUCAAGAGAUAAGAUUGCUCGUCCGAGGGAGCGGUCGACUCGCGUGGAGAGGACCACUGUCGUCAUCGGCCGGAGCCGAGGCGUUGCGUCAGUCGACAAUGGAGAUCUGCGCGUAGCCGAUGAGGCCCUUCUCGUCGGGCGGCACGGCGGCGUCGUGCGACUCCAGGCGGAAGGUGAGCGAUCGCGGCGGCGGCGACGACGCGGCGCCUCCGUACAGCUGCGCGUCCACGAGUCUCUGCAGCUGCGCCGCUAUAGCACUCGCGUCUCGCGCGUCCACCAACCCAGCCCCGACAAGCUCCGUGGCGAUGCCGUCCGCCGAGUCCUUGCCGGGCGCGAACUCGAAUCGGAUAUCGUUGAGCUCGUUGCGAGCGUUGCGCAUGCGCAGCACCAGGUCGAUCUGCGGCGGAGCCUCGCCCGCGUCUAUCGAGCCGAUGGUGAAGCCGGCGCGUUCCGUCUCAUCACUGUCGGAAUCCGAGGAGUCGGCGCGGGGCAGUUGGUUCAUGGGCCGGUCCCGUCCGGCCUCGCCCUCCUCGUCGGCGUCCUCCUCGUCGCUCUCCCACACCCACUCGCCGGUCUCCAUGCGAUGUAAGCGGCCGGAAGUACCCGGCUGCCGUUUGCUAGCUUUGUGGACGCGCGUUUCCAUGCUCGGCCCGAUCGAUACCAGCGUUUGCACUAGAUACUUGCGGUCCUUGGCCUUCUUGAAGAACGAGUGCUUCAGCAGCUCUGGCGCCGACGGCCGUUUCGUCGGGUCUUUCUGCAGGCACUCUGAUAUCAUUUUCCGGAAGGUCUUGCCGUACGCCUUGUACUGGUCCUUAUCCUCGGCGCCGGUGUCGAGCGUCGGCGGGUCGUUUUGCAGAGUGAGCAUGAGGACUUUCAUCGGCGGGUACUUGUGGUAGGGCGCAGUGCCGGUCGCCAUCUCUAUCGCGGUGAUGCCGAACGACCAGAUGUCCGCUUUGAAGUCGUAGCCGUGGUUCUGCUCCAUCACCUCGGGCGCCAUCCAGCAGGGCGUGCCCACGAACGUGUGGCGCACCUUCUGCCGCGACAGGUCUCGUCCUGUCGCGAGCCACGCCGACACGCCGAAAUCGGCGAUUUGCACUGUUCCAUCGUCGCCCAGAAGUAUAUUACCGGCCUUUAUAUCCCUGUGUAUCUGUCCAUUCUGGUGGAAAUACUCUAGACCCUUCAAUACUUCUUUCAAAACUGUAGCUAUGGUGGCUUCGUCGAAUACACCGUGUUUGCAGUUCGAAAUUCUCAUUUUGUGCUUUAUAAUGUCUAAAAGGCUGCCACCUUCUAAUAGCCUGAGUACGAGCCACAGUUCCUCCUUGACGACAAAACUGGUGUAGUAUGUGACGACGUUUUCGUGGUUGCAGCUGGACAUGGCUUGUAUUUCCUUUAGCAGUUCAUCCAUGGAGGUAUUCCAUUUUUCUAAGUUUAUUCUCUUUAUAGCACAUUUCUCCCCGCGCGGGAUGCAGUAUGCGGCGUGCACGACUGCGGUAGCACCAACACCGAUCACCUCUAGCAGUUCAUAGUCAUCCUGGCUGUUAGGCCAUGUGUGACCAGAGGUUGCCAUUUUUAUUAGGAAGAUUUAUUCAAUAUCAAGAAGUAUAUCAAUAUUAUAUUUGUUUUUAAAAUUAGUUUUGUACUUCUCUAAUAAGGCCAACUAUUAAGGCUUGUUACUUAACAUUUUUAUGAAGUGUUGAGUUAACCGAGAUUAUUUUGUCACCCAUAUUUAUAUGGUCAGGAGGAUGGUGGUUGCGAAACACAAAUUCUGUUUUGAAUUCUUUCAAAGAUGUUAUUUCUAAUCGGUGUAGCAUAUGACAGUUUUCUCUCAGCUCUAAAAUAGUUUUUUCAGGAUGAAGUAUGUUUGCACCUUCUUUAUAAUUUACAUUUAACGGGUACAAAUCGUCACCUGGAAAGAAAUACAAAUUUAAUACCUUACAACUUUUAUGUAAAAUAAUAUUAAAAUAUAAUACUAAUCUUACCAGGGAGAACGUGUAUUUUUCCAUCUUUUGCUUCAACAACAACAGGGUAAAUCAACUCGCAACCACUACUGCUUCUUUCAGCUGCAUAUUUAACUAACACAUCAAUGUCGCUGAAGUGUAUAAGCCGAUUUAAUUCAUAGGCUUGUGGAGGAUAUAGUUCCAAUUCUUUUCUUAGGUUUUUUUCUAAUAUUUCUUGGGGACUGGACCA